AUGAGCGAGUCCCCUAAGCCACUCCGAUAUGUUGAUAUCGGGAUCAACCUGAGUGAUCCCAUGUUCGCUGGAAGCUACCACGGAAAGCAAGCACAUGAAGCCGAUCUGGAUGAUGUCAUUCAACGCGCCAAGGAUGUUGGCUGUGAGAAGUUCAUGGUGACCGGGUCAGAUCUUGUCGAGUCGGAAGAAGCUAUCAAAAUCGCCCAGAAAUAUCCCGGCUUCUGCUAUGCCACAGUGGGUGUGCACCCCUGCCAGGCCAAACUGUUCGAUGAGUACCCUGGAGGUCCAUCAAAGAUGAUCGACGAGCUCCGCAAAUUGGCUAUCGAAUCAAAAGAGGCCGGUCUUGCCGUUGCGUUUGGCGAAAUUGGUCUGGAUUAUGACCGACUGUUCCACAGCGCCAAGGAGCCCCAGCUAAAGUACUUCGAAGCGCAGCUGGACCUUGCGAUCGAGAUCCAGAUGCCGCUCUUCCUUCAUUCCCGAGCUGCUAGCGAAGACUUUGAAAGAUUGGUUGGCUCGAGGCUCGACAAGCUCCCCAAGGGCGGUCUUGUUCACAGCUUCACCGGGACAAUCGAAGAAAUGGAGCGCCUCGUUGCGCUUGGUCUUGACAUCGGCAUUAAUGGCUGCAGUAUGAAGACGCAGGAGAACCUCGAUGUCGUCAAGGAGCUUCCAUUGGAGCGACUUCAGAUCGAGACGGAUGGACCAUGGUGUGAGAUCCGGCCCUCGCAUGCGUCGGCAAAGUUCUUGAUUGGCGCUCCUGAAUUACCUAAGUCGGUCAAGAAGGAAAAGUGGCAGAAGGGUCUCAUGGUCAAGGGCCGGAACGAGCCGGUGGCUAUUGCUCGUGUUGCCCACGUUAUUGCUCAGGUGAAGGGCAUCUCCGUCGAGGAAGUCUGCGAGGCUGCUUGGAAUAAUUCGAUCAAGAUGUUCGGACUUGGGGUAAAGUCCCAGUAG